GCAUGGGGGGCGCUCUGAGCGGCCCCGGCGGCCGGACCGGCAUCUCCGCGGCGUCCCUCCGCUAGAGGAGGGGACCAAGCCAAUUCUCCUUUGCAGCAAAAAAUUGCAUGUAUAUAUUAUUAACAUAAUAUAUACAUCGGAUUUUAUUUUUUUAAAAAGUUUAUUUUGCUCCAUUUUUUUGAAAAAGAGGGAGCGUGGGUGGCGAGCGGUUUUUAUAAAUUGUCCUUAUUUUCUGUUGUUUGUCCCCGUCUCUCCCCACCCCCUGCUGAAGCAAGAAUAAGCGCAGGGACCGCGGCUCCUACCUAUUGGUAACCCCCUUCCCCGUUCCUCCCCCGCCCCAACGCCCGGCACAGUGCCCUGCACACAGUAGGCGCUCAAUAAAUGUUCGUGGAUGAUGAUGAUGAUGAUGAUGAAAAAAAUGCAGCAUCAACGGCAGCAAGCGGACCACGCGAACGAGGCAAACUAUGCAAGAGGCACCAGACUCCCUCUUUCUGGUGAAGGACCAACUUCUCAGCCGAAUAGCUCCAAGCAGACUGUCCUGUCUUGGCAAGCUGCAAUCGACGCUGCUAGACAGGCCAAGGCUGCCCAAACUAUGAGCACCUCUGCGCCCCCACCUGUAGGAUCUCUCUCCCAAAGAAAACGUCAGCAAUACGCCAAGAGCAAAAAACAGGGUAACUCAUCCAACAGCCGACCUGCCCGUGCCCUUUUCUGUUUAUCACUCAAUAACCCCAUCCGAAGAGCCUGCAUUAGUAUAGUGGAAUGGAAACCAUUUGACAUAUUUAUAUUAUUGGCUAUUUUUGCCAAUUGUGUGGCCUUAGCUAUUUACAUCCCAUUCCCUGAAGAUGAUUCUAAUUCAACAAAUCAUAACUUGGAAAAAGUAGAAUAUGCCUUCCUGAUUAUUUUUACAGUCGAGACAUUUUUGAAGAUUAUAGCGUAUGGAUUAUUACUACAUCCUAAUGCUUAUGUUAGGAAUGGAUGGAAUUUAUUGGAUUUUGUUAUAGUAAUAGUAGGAUUGUUUAGUGUAAUUUUGGAACAAUUAACCAAAGAAACAGAAGCCGGUAACCACUCUAGUGGCAAAUCAGGAGGCUUUGAUGUCAAAGCCCUCCGCGCCUUUCGAGUGUUACGACCCCUUCGACUAGUAUCAGGCGUACCCAGUUUGCAGGUUGUCCUGAACUCCAUUAUAAAAGCCAUGGUUCCCCUCCUGCACAUAGCCCUUUUGGUAUUAUUUGUAAUCAUAAUCUAUGCUAUUAUAGGAUUGGAACUUUUUAUUGGAAAAAUGCACAAAACAUGCUUUUUUGCUGACUCAGAUAUCGUAGCUGAAGAGGACCCAGCACCAUGUGCGUUCUCAGGGAAUGGACGCCAGUGUACCGCCAAUGACACAGAGUGUAGGAGUGGCUGGGUUGGCCCAAAUGGAGGCAUCACCAACUUUGAUAACUUUGCCUUUGCCAUGCUCACUGUGUUUCAGUGUAUCACCAUGGAAGGCUGGACAGACGUGCUCUACUGGAUGAAUGAUGCUAUGGGAUUUGAAUUGCCCUGGGUGUAUUUUGUCAGUCUCGUCAUCUUUGGGUCAUUUUUCGUACUAAAUCUUGUACUUGGUGUAUUGAGCGGAGAAUUUUCAAAGGAAAGAGAGAAGGCUAAAGCACGGGGAGAUUUCCAGAAGCUCCGAGAGAAGCAGCAGCUGGAAGAGGAUCUAAAGGGCUACUUGGAUUGGAUUACCCAAGCAGAAGAUAUUGAUCCUGAGAAUGAGGAAGAAGGAGGAGAAGAAGGCAAACGAAAUACUAGCAUGCCCACCAGCGAGACUGAGUCUGUGAACACAGAAAAUGUAAGUGGUGAAGGCGAGAACCAAGGCUGCUGUGGAAGUCUGUGUCAAGCCAUUUCAAAAUCCAAACUCAGCCGACGCUGGCGUCGCUGGAACCGAUUCAAUCGAAGAAGAUGUAGGGCUGCUGUGAAGUCUGUCACGUUUUACUGGCUGGUUAUUGUCCUGGUGUUUCUCAAUACCUUAACCAUUUCCUCUGAGCACUACAACCAGCCUGACUGGUUGACGCAGAUUCAAGAUAUCGCUAACAAAGUCCUCUUGGCUCUGUUCACCUGUGAGAUGCUGGUAAAAAUGUACAGCUUGGGUCUGCAGGCAUAUUUCGUCUCUCUUUUCAAUCGGUUUGAUUGCUUCGUGGUGUGUGGUGGAAUUACUGAAACGAUCUUAGUGGAACUGGAAAUCAUGUCUCCCCUGGGAAUCUCUGUGUUUCGGUGUGUGCGCCUCUUAAGAAUUUUCAAAGUGACCAGGCACUGGACUUCCCUCAGCAACUUGGUGGCAUCCUUGUUAAACUCCAUGAAGUCCAUCGCUUCACUGCUACUUCUGCUCUUUCUCUUCAUCAUCAUCUUUUCCUUACUUGGGAUGCAGCUGUUUGGCGGCAAGUUUAAUUUUGAUGAAACGCUAACCAAGCGGAGCACCUUUGACAAUUUCCCUCAAGCGCUUUUGACAGUUUUCCAGAUUCUGACAGGUGAAGACUGGAAUGCUGUGAUGUACGAUGGCAUUAUGGCUUACGGGGGCCCGUCCUCUUCAGGAAUGAUCGUCUGCAUCUACUUCAUCAUCCUCUUCAUUUGUGGUAACUAUAUUCUACUGAAUGUCUUCUUGGCCAUCGCUGUAGACAAUUUGGCUGAUGCUGAAAGUUUGAACACUGCUCAGAAAGAGGAAGCUGAAGAAAAAGAAAGGAAAAAGAUUGCCAGAAAAGAGAGCCUGGAAAAUAAAAAGAACAACAAACCAGAAGUCAACCAGAUAGCCAACAGUGACAACAAGGUUACAAUUGAUGACUACCGAGAAGAGGAUGAGGACAAGGACCCCUACCCACCUUGUGAUGUGCCAGUAGGGGAAGAGGAAGAGGAGGAGGAAGAGGAUGAACCUGAGGUCCCUGCUGGUCCCCGUCCUCGCAGAAUCUCAGAGUUGAACAUGAAAGAGAAAAUCAUCCCCAUCCCUGAAGGAAGCGCUUUCUUCAUUCUUAGCAAGACCAACCCGAUCCGCGUCGGCUGCCACAAGCUCAUCAACCACCACAUCUUCACUAACCUCAUCCUCGUCUUCAUCAUGCUGAGCAGCGCUGCCCUCGCCGCUGAGGACCCCAUCCGCAGCCACUCCUUCCGGAACACUAUACUGGGUUACUUUGACUAUGCUUUCACAGCCAUCUUCACUGUUGAAAUCCUGUUAAAGAUGACGACUUUUGGAGCUUUCCUCCACAAAGGGGCUUUCUGCAGGAACUACUUCAAUUUACUGGAUAUGCUGGUUGUUGGGGUGUCUCUGGUGUCGUUUGGGAUUCAAUCCAGUGCUAUCUCCGUUGUGAAGAUUCUGAGAGUGUUAAGGGUCCUGAGGCCCCUCAGGGCAAUCAACAGAGCAAAAGGACUUAAGCACGUUGUCCAGUGUGUCUUUGUGGCCAUCCGGACAAUCGGCAACAUCAUGAUCGUCACCACCCUUCUUCAGUUCAUGUUUGCCUGCAUUGGGGUCCAGUUGUUCAAGGGAAAAUUCUAUCGCUGCACAGAUGAAGCCAAAAGUAAUCCUGAAGAAUGCAGGGGGCUUUUCAUUCUCUACAAGGACGGGGAGGUUGAUAACCCCGUGGUGCGUGAGAGGAUCUGGCAAAACAGUGAUUUCAACUUUGACAACGUCUUGUCUGCUAUGAUGGCACUUUUCACAGUCUCCACGUUUGAGGGCUGGCCUGCGUUGCUGUAUAAAGCUAUUGAUUCAAAUGGCGAGAACAUCGGCCCGAUCUACAACUACCGCGUGGAGAUCUCCAUCUUCUUCAUCAUCUACAUCAUCAUUGUGGCUUUCUUCAUGAUGAACAUCUUUGUGGGUUUUGUCAUCGUUACAUUUCAGGAGCAGGGAGAAAAAGAGUAUAAGAACUGUGAGCUGGACAAAAAUCAGCGUCAGUGUGUUGAAUAUGCCUUGAAAGCCCGACCUUUGCGGAGAUACAUCCCCAAAAACCCCUACCAGUACAAGUUCUGGUAUGUGGUGAACUCCUCGCCUUUUGAAUACAUGAUGUUUGUCCUCAUCAUGCUCAACACACUCUGCUUGGCCAUGCAGCACUAUGAGCAGUCUAAGAUGUUUAAUGACGCCAUGGACAUUCUGAACAUGGUCUUCACCGGGGUGUUCACCGUUGAGAUGGUUUUGAAAGUCAUUGCAUUUAAACCUAAGGGGUAUUUUAGUGAUGCCUGGAACACGUUUGACUCCCUCAUCGUAAUCGGCAGCAUUAUAGACGUGGCCCUCAGCGAAGCGGACCCAACUGAAAGUGAAAAUAUCCCUGUCCCAACUGCUGCACCUGGGAACUCUGAAGAGAGCAAUAGAAUCUCCAUCACCUUUUUCCGUCUUUUCCGAGUGAUGCGAUUGGUGAAGCUUCUCAGCAGGGGUGAAGGCAUCCGGACGUUGCUGUGGACUUUUAUUAAGUCCUUUCAGGCCCUCCCGUAUGUCGCCCUUCUCAUAGCCAUGCUGUUCUUCAUCUAUGCGGUUAUUGGCAUGCAGAUGUUUGGGAAAGUUGCCAUGAGAGAUAACAACCAGAUCAAUAGAAAUAAUAACUUCCAAACCUUUCCACAGGCGGUGCUCCUGCUCUUCAGGUGUGCCACCGGGGAGGCCUGGCAGGAAAUCAUGCUAGCCUGCCUCCCCGGGAAGCUCUGUGACCCAGAGUCGGACUAUAACCCCGGGGAGGAGUACACGUGCGGGAGCAAUUUUGCGAUUGUUUAUUUCAUCAGUUUUUACAUGCUCUGUGCGUUUCUGAUCAUCAAUCUGUUUGUGGCCGUCAUCAUGGACAACUUUGAUUAUCUGACCCGGGACUGGUCUAUUCUGGGGCCUCACCAUUUAGAUGAAUUCAAACGAAUAUGGUCAGAAUAUGACCCUGAGGCAAAGGGACGGAUAAAACACCUGGACGUGGUCACUCUGCUCAGGCGCAUCCAGCCACCCCUGGGGUUUGGGAAAUUAUGCCCACACAGAGUAGCAUGCAAGAGAUUAGUUGCCAUGAACAUGCCUCUCAACAGUGAUGGCACAGUCAUGUUUAAUGCAACUCUGUUUGCCUUGGUUCGAACUGCUCUUAAAAUCAAGACUGAAGGAAACCUGGAACAAGCUAAUGAAGAACUCCGAGCUGUGAUAAAGAAAAUCUGGAAGAAAACCAGCAUGAAACUACUUGACCAAGUUGUCCCUCCAGCUGGUGAUGAUGAGGUAACCGUGGGGAAGUUCUAUGCCACUUUCCUGAUACAGGACUACUUUAGGAAAUUCAAGAAACGGAAGGAACAAGGACUGGUGGGAAAAUACCCAGCGAAGAACACCACAGUUGCCCUACAGGCGGGAUUAAGGACCCUUCACGACAUUGGGCCAGAAAUCCGGCGGGCUAUAUCCUGUGAUCUGCAAGAUGAUGAACCAGAGGAAACAAAACUAGAAGAAGAAGAAGAUUUGUUCAAAAGAAAUGGUGCCCUGCUUGGAAACCAUGUCAAUCAUGUUAAUAGUGAUAGGAGAGAUUCCCUUCAGCAGACCAAUACCGCCCACCGUCCCCUGCAUGUCCAAAGGCCUUCAAUUCCACCUGCAAGUGAUACUGAGAAACCGCUGUUUCCUCCAGCAGGAAAUUCGGUGUGUCAUAACCAUCAUAACCGUAAUUCCAUAGGAAAACCAAUUCCCAACUCAACAAAUGCCAAUCUCAAUAAUGCCAAUAUGUCCAAAGCUGCCCAUGGAAAGCGGCCCAGCAUUGGGAACCUUGAGCAUGUGUCUGAAAAUGGGCAUCAUUCCUCUCACAAGCAUGACCGUGAGCCUCAAAGAAAGUCCAGUAUUAAAAGAACCCGCUAUUAUGAGACUUAUGUUAGGUCUGACUCUGGAGAUGAACAGCUCCCAGCUAUUUGCCGGGAAGAUCCAGAGAUAUACAGCUACUUCAGGGACCCCCGCUGCUUGGGGGAGCAGGAGUAUUUCAGUGGUGAGGAGUGCUACGAGGAUGACAGCUCGCCGACCGGGAGCUGGCAUAACUAUGGCUACUACAGCAGAUCCCCAGGCAGCAGCUGGGACUUCGAAAGGCCCCGAGGCUACCAUCACCCCCAGGGCUUCUUAGAGGACGCCGACUCACCCACUUGCCACGACUCUCGGAGAUCUCCAAGGAGACGCCUACUACCUCCAACCCCAACACCCCACCGGAGAUCCUCCUUCAACUUUGAGUGCCUGCGCAGGCAGGGCAGCCAGGAGGAGGUCCCGCUGUCGCCCGCCUUCCCCCACCGCACGGCCCUGCCUCUGCACCUCAUGCAGCAACAGAUCAUGGCAGUUGCCGGCCUAGAUUCCAGUAAAGCCCAGUACUCACCGAGUCACUCGACCCGGUCAUGGGCCACCCCUCCAGCGACCCCUCCCUACCAGGACUGGACACCCUGCUACACCCCCCUGAUCCAGGUAGAGCGGUCAGAGUCCCUGGACCAGGUCAACGGCAGCCUGCCAUCCCUGCACCGAAGCUCCUGGUACACGGAUGAACCCGAUAUCGCCUAUCGGACUUUCACGCCAGCCAGCCUGACUGUCCCCAGCAGCUUCCGGAACAAAAACAGCGACAAGCAGAGGAGUGCAGACAGCUUGGUGGAGGCAGUCCUCAUAUCCGAAGGCUUGGGACGGUAUGCGAGGGACCCAAAAUUUGUGUCAGCAACAAAACAUGAGAUCGCCGAUGCCUGUGACCUAACCAUCGACGAGAUGGAGAGUGCAGCCAGCCACCUGCUCAACGGGAACAUGAGUCCCCGAGCCAAUGGGGACGUGGGCCCCAUCUCACACCAGCAGGACUAUGAGCUACAAGACUUCGGUCCUGGCUACAGUGACGAAGAGCCAGACCCUGGGAGAUAUGAGGAGGACCUGGCAGAUGAAAUGAUAUGCAUCACCACCUUGUAGCACCUGGCAAGGGGGGGAACUGGCUCUAGCCACAGGUGGGGCAGAGGAGGGCCAGGGGAAAAAAAGUGCCUCAUAGUUAGGAAAGCUUAGGCACUAGUUUGGAGUACAUAUUCAAUUAGACUUCUGUACAAGUGAUGUCACGUCUCAAGGAAGCCAUAACCCUGGUAGGGAACAGGUGCCAAGUGGCUGAGCACGCGGUGCACCACAUGCUCAGCCCCUACUGCAGCUGCCCCCCACAGGGCCCCUGUGGGCAACAGCAGGCCCAGUCCCCACAGAGAGGAUGGGUGAGGAGGCAGACACGCACGCCUGUUGUUCAGACGUGCACUGCUGUGGAGUGUGUCGCAGUGUGCACACAGGGCCCUCCUGCACACCCGCCCGCAGGCACAGCGGGGAAGGUUAAAGGUGAUGACGCUCACCACACCGGUCAUUACCUCAGCCAUCAGUCCAGCAUAUCAGACAUUCACUGGGCCCAGCAUAUCCAUUUUUAAACCCUUCCCCCAAACACACUGCUCUGGUUCCUGUUGAGCUCUUCUGAAGUACAGUGCGUAUGUCAGAAUCUACCUGCCAGCGGUCAUUACAGGAGGGGAGGAAGACCUUACAAACCAGGUGUUCUGUCUGUGACACCAGUUUACAUAAGAGAAUAUCACUCAGAUGGUCUAUUUCUGAGUCAUGUUUAAGGGCAACUGUAAACUGGAAUAACAAUGCACUUGCAACCAGGUAAACUUAGAUACGCUAGUUUGUUUAAAAAUUAUAGAUACUGUAUAUGACUUGUAAUAUACUAUAAUUUGUAUUUGUAAAGAGAUGGUCUAUAUUUUGUAAUUAUUGUACCGUAUUUGAACUGCAGCAAUAUCCAUGGGUCCUAAUAAUUGUAGUUCCCCACUGAAAUCCAGAAAUCAUUAUUAUUUUUACUUGGACUAUACAGAAGUAGAGGAAAUGGAGCCAGUGCUCAUUUAUUCAGUGAAAACCUUUUAGGGGUAAAAUUUUAAGUUCAAAAGAACUUGACACUAUAGAGAUUUUCUAAAAUAUUUUGAGUCACUAUCAAUGUGUCUUUACACAAGGUA